AAAUCGUUUACUCGUGUUUGUUGUCAAAAUGGGGAACAAGCGUGUUGCUGUCAUAGGAGCUGGUGCUUCUGGAUUACCGUCGAUUCGACAUGGUCUUCUCUAUGGCUUUGAUGUCACUUGUUUUGAGGCGUCAGAUGAUAUUGGAGGCUUAUGGAGAUACAAAUCUCACGAAACGAAUGAGUCGUCAGUUAUGAAAACUACCGUGAUCAACACCUCGAAAGAAAUGACGGCUUACUCUGACUUUACACCUCAAGAAAAUCUAGCAAAUUUCAUGCAUAACAAUGAGAUGCUCAACUACUUCAAAUCUUAUGCAGAGCAUCACGGACUUAUGAAGCAUAUCAAGCUCCGUCACAGAGUUUUAAAUAUUGAAAGAUCCAAGAACUACGAUAAUGAUGGAACAUGGAAAGUCAUUUAUCAAACACCAGAAGAAAAAACGUUGGAAGAAAUCUUUGAUGGCGUUCUUGUCUGCUCUGGACACCACGCUAUACCACAUUGGCCAAAACCAUUCCCUGGUCAGAAUGAAUUCAAAGGACGUAUUGUUCAUUCUCACGAUUACAAGGAUCACAAGGGUUAUGAAGACAAGGUAGUUGUUGUCGUUGGAAUUGGAAAUAGUGGAAUCGACGUGGCAGUUGAGCAAUCAAGAAUUGCCAAACAAGUCUACCUAGUCACUCGGCGUGGAACUUGGCUUAUACCAAAGCUGGAGACACGAGGAUUGCCAUUUGACAUUAUAAUGAACACGCGUUUCUUCUCACUCUACAAACUGUUUCCUCAAGCUAUGCUUAACUCCCUUGUUGAAUAUCGUAUCAAUCAACGUAUUGAUCACGAUUUGUACGGACUAAAGCCAGCUCAUCGUGUGUUUUCUGCUCAUCCAUCUUUAAACGAUGAACUUCCGAAUCGAAUCGCCAACGGUACAGUCAGAAUCAAGCCAAACAUCAAGAAAUUCGAUGGAUACGCUAUUCAUUUUGAAGAUGGAACUAUUGUUCCUCAUGUCGACGAGGUCGUGAUGUCAACUGGAUUCUCAUUUGAAUUUAAUUUAAUUGAACACGGAAAGUUGGUUCCAGUUAGUGAGAAUGAGGUGGACCUUUUCAAAUACAUGUUCCCAGUGGCUACUUCCGAUCAUAAUUCCUUGUGCAUCAUUGGUCUCAUUCAACCAUUUGGAUCAAUUAUGCCAGUUUCCGAACAACAAGCUCGUGUAUUCUUUGCCAACAUGGUUUCUGGAAACAAUUUAAUUCCUAAAAAGUCACAGAUGUCUGAGGAUGUUUUGAAUAAAAAAGAAGCAAUGGCUCAGCAGUUCGUAAAAUCCAGACGUCACACUAUUCAAGUCGAUUAUAUUCCAUAUAUGGAUGAACUCGCAGAGCUUAUUGGAUGUCAAGUCCCACUUCUUCGAACACUAUUUACUGAUCCAGUUCUUGGUCUUCGCCUCUUCUUUGGUCCAAACGCAGGGUAUUGCUACAGAUUGGCUGGGCCACACACUUGGAACGGUGCCAGAAAUGCGAUUUUGACUAUUGAUCAACGUGUCCGAAUGGCAACUACAACCAAACCGGAGCCUACCAAUUACACUGUUCCACUAGUGAUCUCUUCUAUUAUACUUUUGCUUGUUAUCUAUUUUGUCAUGUAAAUAUUCCAUUUCAGUGUGUAAAUAAAGUUAGAUUCAGGAAA